CUCGCUCUCUCUCUCUUUUUUUCCAUCCCUCCCAGUCUGUGUAUCUAUCAUUCUUCAUUCUUUUUUUUUUCUGGAUUUUUUUUUUUUGUGGUAGAAAAGACGCAGAGAACCCUCCAGGAGGGGCAGAGAGGAAGAAGCAGAUAAUAGGACCAGAAGGGGCAAGUAGAACAGAUCUCUCCUGAGACUCCAGCCUCCCACCAACCAUCCUUAAAUCAAGGCAGAAGAAGAGCUCAGUUCCUUCCUGAAGCCAAGAAGCACUGCAGAGCCCAGAUCCCAUGCAGACAUGGCUGUAACCUGCACACGUUUUACAGAUGAAUAUCAGCUUUAUGAAGAGAUUGGCAAGGGAGCGUUUUCCGUGGUCAGGCGCUGCGUGAAGCUCUGCACAGGCCACGAAUAUGCAGCCAAGAUCAUAAACACCAAGAAGUUGUCGGCACGAGAUCAUCAGAAACUUGAGAGAGAGGCUCGAAUCUGCCGUCUACUUAAGCACCCAAAUAUUGUUCGGCUCCAUGACAGUAUAUCAGAGGAAGGCUUUCACUAUCUCAUCUUUGACCUGGUCACAGGUGGGGAGCUGUUUGAAGAUAUUGUGGCCAGAGAAUAUUACAGUGAAGCAGAUGCCAGUCACUGUCUUCAUCAGAUAUUAGAAAGUGUUUGUUUCACACAUUCCUGUGACAUUGUGCACAGGGACCUGAAGCCAGAAAACCUUCUACUCGCCAGCAAAUGCAAAGGAGCAGCCGUUAAGCUGGCGGACUUUGGCUUGGCCAUAGAGGUGCAAGGAGAGCAACAGGCCUGGUUUGGUUUUGCUGGAACUCCAGGGUACCUGUCUCCUGAGGUCCUCCGGAAGGAGGCAUAUGGAAAACCAGUGGAUAUCUGGGCAUGUGGUGUGAUUCUGUACAUCCUAUUGGUCGGUUACCCACCUUUUUGGGAUGAGGAUCAGCACAAACUUUACCAGCAGAUCAAAGCCGGGGCAUAUGAUUUUCCAUCUCCAGAGUGGGACACGGUGACCCCUGAAGCCAAAAACCUCAUUAACCAGAUGUUGACCAUCAAUCCAGCCAAACGUAUUACUGCUCAUGAAGCUCUUAAACAUCCAUGGGUCUGCCAACGUUCCACCGUUGCCUCCAUGAUGCACAGACAGGAAACAGUGGAGUGUCUCAAGAAAUUUAAUGCUCGCCGGAAGCUGAAGGGGGCCAUCCUGACUACGAUGCUGGCAACAAGGAACUUUUCUGUGGGCAGACAGACCACAGCUCCUGCCACAAUCACCACUGCGGCCACUAGUACAGCCCUGGGGUUGGUGGAACAAGCCAAGAGUUUGCUGAAUAAGAAGACAGAUGUUGGGAAGCCUCAGACAAACAGUACCAAGAACAGCGCUGGUGUGACUAGUCCGAAGGGGCCCAUUCCUCCAGCAGCACUGGAACCUCAAACCACAGUUAUUCAUAACCUGGUGGACGGGAUAAAGGAGUCCUCAGACAGUACACACACAAACCCAGAAGAUGAAGAAAUGAAAGUGCUGAAGUUCUCAGACAUUUUAAGCUCAGUGAGAAGGGGCUCGGGGGCUCUGGAAGCUGAGGGACCACAACCAGCGGUCGCUCAGCAGCCCCUUUCCCCAUCCUUCCCCCACUCACCACUUGCACAGCCUGCUAGAUUUACAGAUAUAUUUAACACAGUCAGACGAGGCUCAGAAGCAGAGGGGGUGCAGUAUUCCAACACGCAGCAUCGGCUUUCCCAGCCCCACCUAAACUCUCCGUUUGUACAGCCUCGGAAACAAGAAAUAAUUAAGAUAACGGAACAGCUGAUCGAGGCCGUGAAUAAUGGGGACUUCGAGGCAUACGCGAAGAUCUGUGACCCCGGACUGACCACGUUUGAGCCGGAAGCUCUGGGUAACCUGGUGGAGGGGAUAGAUUUCCACCGUUUUUACUUCGAGAACUUGUUGUCCAAAAACAAUAAACCAAUCCAUACGACCAUCCUGAAUCCUCACGUCCAUGUGGUGGGAGAGGAUGCCGCCUGCAUCGCCUACAUCCGCCUGACGCAAUACAUUGAUACUCAAGGCCGGCCUCGUACUAGCCAGUCUGAGGAGACCCGUGUCUGGCAUCGCCGUGAUGGCAAGUGGCAGAAUGUCCACUUCCACUGCUCAGGAGCCCCAGUGGCACCACUCCAGUGACGGCUCCAGUAGUGCCCUCCUGGCUUCAUCAUGAAAGAAGUGCCAGAGACUUUUGGCUCCGCCGUUCAGAGAGUCCCAGCGGCGAGGAAAAGCACGUGACCGCAUGCUUGUGCCGUUCCCUCCCAUCCCUCCUCCCCCUCAACCCCUCCAUAAUCCAGACUUCUAUUCUUCCAUCCUUAAGUGUUCCCAAACAGACCACCUAACCCCAGAUAUCUGCUGCCUGGACUCAUGGAGACUGAAGUGCCAUGAAAAGAUAGGAUAAGGUCUUGGGAAUAAGUCUCAAGUGUAUGAUUUACCUUUGACGUUUCACCCCUCCAAAGAUGUGGAGGAAAAUGGCUCAAACCUGUAUUACCCCUUAAGUUAUAAAGGGGUAGAAUCAUCCAUUGACAUGUUGCAGAGAAUUUGUUGACCCCUUCCCCCUCUCUUUUUGAUUUUAUUUGGGGAGUGGGGGUGGAGGGAUCGUCUGAAAUCUCGAGGGGCUGAGGGGAGAGAACUGUGAUCUUCCCGUGGAGCCGUUCCUUCCCAUGUGUUUGCGCGUCCAACGUGAAAUGAGUCGUCAAAACAGAACAACCAUAAAUAAAAAGGAAAAAAAAAAAAGUGUAAAAAAAAACGAAAAGUUUUUUAAAAAAUGUAUUUACCGCAAAGCAGGACUCCCCGACCCCCGCUACCACACCUUUAUGUUGUUUUACUUUGUUUCAGGAAUGCAAAAAAAAUAUAUUUCAAAAAAAAAAAAGAAAACAAAAAUUUCUAUAAAAAUGACCCACCCCCGAUCUCCCCGAGGUCCGUUAAUAAUGUUUAAAUCCAUUGUUUGCAGUGGGAGAACCAGUCCUAACGCAUGGCCGGAGCAAUUUAUGAAGUGUGCUUAGUGUCUGUCUGUCCUCAGCCAGGGCAUUUCUCCUCUUACAUGUGGGGUCGGCACAUUUUGUGGCGUCACCUCUAAGAAAAGGCUCCCCGCACUUCACCGAAGACCUAUGAUUAUUUGGGUUUCACUUAACACAAAAUGUUCUCUAGGUAGGAGAGCGCUAUUUAUUCCAAAAAGACCUGUAUUUAUAUUACAGACCUUCAAGCCUUGCAAGACUUUUCAGGAACAUACUUCAAAGAUAAACAAAAUCCUAAGGAAGUGUUCAUUUUUUUUUGUUGUAGGUUAUGGCGUUUUUGCAGAAGGCAUGGGAUUAUAGGAUUUCGUGUGUUUGUAGGGUGGGAGUCCAUAGCCCGAGAAUAAUUCUGCGUGCGUCAUACUAAAUAAAGUGGAUCUUCGAGAGUGCAUAGGUUUCUCUAAAUAGACCGGGAAGAAACAGGUCACCAAAUCUUCAGGGAUUGUGGGGAACUCGAAAUUCCAUAUUGGUUUUGUGCCUGACCUGAAUUGGAGAGUUCUUGGUGGGACAGAAUGUUCUGCGGAACUCGUUAGGACCGAUGAAGUGGUUUUAUAUUGCUACGUUCUACAGUUAUACAUUAAAGCGACUUACAGGGUUGAGAGCAGUGACCCCAAGGGAGAGGAGAGGCUAAUUUCCAGCCUGACUUGUUUUCAUUUGUUGCUGUUUAAUUUUUUGCAUGCCCUUAAAAACAGAAAUCCUAUAAAUAGAUAUAUAUACAUAAAUCUAUAUAUAUAUUAAAAAAAAAAAACCAAGAUGACAGCUUGUUCGUUCUAUGAAUGCCAGUGGGGUUUUUUGCUGCUGUCUUCCUUUAUAUUUGUUUUCUCGUCUCUUUCUCUCACUCUUUUUUUUCCGAGCCUUGUAAGUGUUUAAAAAAAAAAAAAAAAAUAAGAGGAUAAAGAACAGAAAAUAAGAUUUUCCUCUUGAUUUGUUUCAGAAUAUUGCAAAUUAAAGAAUAAAAAAAUUAAAAAA